AUGAGGACGCAGGCUUUUCAAGACUUCAGGAACGGUCGACCGGAAUCCCAGGGGAGUUUUGGUGAUGUAAUCCACCCUGCAGAUCCAAUCAACGACAUAUUCGACUCGAUCAUACCAAAAGAAGGGACAGGUCAUGAUAUCCGCCCGUCUAAAGCCCGGCGGGACCCUGACGGCCAAGGCCGUAGCAGCUCUCUACAUUCGAGUAGAAACCAUUUGAAGCAGACGAGUAUUUCCAGCUCAGGAUUCAUCUCGAGUGCGCCGUCUAUUCGAGAUGAUGAGGAGAGUAGUUUUGGCGAUUUGCCACCUAUGCCCAGACCUGGUCGAGGCAAUCCUGGGAACUCAUCGGAUACGUCUGCACAGAGUCCAGAGAGACGUAGUGUGAGAUCCUCGUCUAAACAAAGGAUUCCUGUUCCCCAACGCCGAUCGUCGCGGCUGAGGGCCGAAAGCAAUAGAAGCAGCAGUGACUUUGGAGAUGCUGACGUUAGCGAGAGCACUGCGCUGCCGGAGAAUGCUUUUGAGGAGCUGGAAGGGGCGCGUAGACUUCUCGCGGCGGCCGAGAAAAUCAACUCCGAUUCGUCUCAUCAACGGCAGCCGUCGAUGCAGAGUGAUCGUUCCGCAACACCGCCACCGAUUGGACGGAGGCGAAGAAGGACUGAUCAUGGAUCAGGAGAUGGGAGCGUAGCGCGAAGCUUGGCACCGCCAUCGUCAGAGCCUGUGGUACUGCCGCAAGAUGCAGCCCACUUUCUUCCUGUAUCUCGGAGGCAGAGCCAAGCGAGCCUGGUCAGCUAUCAGUCGAGAAGGAGUUCACACCGACAUACUCAACAAAUGAAUGGCCGCACUGCCACGCUGACUCAACUACCGACAGGCACAGAGUCUGGCUUGUAUCCUCCAGGCACGCGAAGCAGCAAUCGACCAAGGUCGCGCCAAGAGUCUGUUAGAGAGUUCGAUGAAAUUCGCGAAGAGGCAAACCCUUUAGAGAAGUACAAUCAACUACACGCAGACGCUGGAACCAACCGAGUCCCCCGGCACAGCAGUCUUACUGUGAGUGCUGUUUCCCACCGGCCUCGAUCUUCGGCGAAGAGGAUGUUCAGUGACGAUACACUUUCUCUAUCUACGAGGCUUCCAGCCGAUAGACACAGUAUUGCCAGCUUCAGAUCAGGAACCCGGCCAGACUUCUUCAGUUACGAAACUUUUCAGUUGGCUCUCCACAAUGUGACCACUGCACAUCAGCUUCUCAAGUUUAGCGAGACAGUCAUGUGCAGUGAAAAUAUUGAGUUCCUGAACAAGGUUGACGAGUAUCAGAAAGCUCUGACUACCCUUACCAAUGUCUUGAGUUCAAUGCACAAAGGCUUCAUCUCAACAGAUUCAGCCACUCAACUCGAUGUGCCUCAUGAUGUGAUACGAUCGGUUCACAAAGAUAUCAAAGUUCUCGCGCAAAAAACUCUGCCGGGCAUGGGUAGAUUAUUUACGGACAUGCAGGCAAGAAUCGAGGACCUCGUUUUUACUGAUGUUUAUCCGAGAUUCGUCCGGCAUCAACUUGCACUUAGUGCAACACGAGCACUUGCAACUGAUCGCCACAAGUAUGCUGGUUUGGGCGACUGUUUCUGUCUGACCGAUCCCAACAAAGCAGACAACCCCAUUGUCUUUGCCUCGGAUGGCUUCGUAAAGGUGACAGGUUACAGCCGUCCGGAGAUUGUACCUCGCAAUUGCAGGUUUCUCCAAGGAGUACAAACAGAUAGGAAACCUGUCCGGCGACUCAAACAAGGGAUCACUGAAGGCCGUGAAUCAGUCGAGUUGAUUUUGAACUACAAGAAAAAUGGUGACCCGUUCUGGAAUCUUCUUUACGUUGCACCACUGUUUGACGGGAACGGCAAGCUGGCCUUCUUCAUCGGAGCUCAAGUCAACUGCUCGACGACCAUACAUAGCAAUGCCGACAUCAUGAAAGUUCUAUCAGUAUCUGCACUGGGUGAGGAGGAAGACCAACCGAGCAGCAUGUCAAAUCAAGCCGCUCAUAAACAACCCGGUCUGCCAUCGGCACGAAAAGCCUUUCUGAAGGCAUUUGGUGUCCGUGUAGAUGAAGCUAAAGCCUCAAUCGGCCCAUCGGGAAUGGAGCACAGCGUCUUGCAUCGGAUGGAAGGCCUAAACCAAGAUGCGCAGAUCAAGGAAUUCCACACGGCAUACUCAAAAUACCUUGUGGUUCGGGCUGAUACCUUCAUUAUAUCAUACUAUUCGGAAGGCGUGCUAGAAGCUCUGAACCCUGCUAAUAACACUGGUCUGAUAACAGGACAAGAGGUCUUUCGCUUUUUCAGGCAAAAUAUGGUCACCAAGGAGACAGACUAUCGUAGCAAAGUCCGGAAUGCCACCCGGUCAGGUAACCCCAUUAGUGUCGAGCUACGCUUGCAAACACGCCGAAGCGCGAGGUUCCGUGGAGAUGAAGUGUUCACGGCGCACUGGACGCCACUCAAGGACGAAAAGUCGGCGACACAUUGGGUCGUUAUUGCGCUAGCUUCGACUAUAUUCUAA